AGUUAGAAAGCAUCGAUGUCUGUUGGACAGAUUGUCUUCUGUCGACGUAAUCGUUCCUCAUCACCUCUACAGUCGCCUCAAGUGUCCUCAUCACUACAGUCUUCCGGUGUAAACAUGGUUUGUGUAACUAAGCAACUGACCCAAGGAAAACUAUCUGAUGAGAAAUGCCGGCUAGAAGACGGGAAGUUGGAAGAUUACUUGUUUAACGGCAUACCUUCACAACGAACUGUAGACACCUUCUUGGAAGCGAGCCUCGUGCAUUUGGACUAUUUGGAAUUUCUGACUUCCAUCGGCGAGAAUAUCGCAAUCCGGGAUUGCCCAGUUGAACCACUUCAUGCACAACCUAAUCCAGCGAUGGUCCUGGAAUGUGGUCAGAAUACCAAGACUAUCUUGUACGUGGAAAGUACAUAUGCUGGACUUCCUGGAGUUUGUACGAAGUUCAAAGGAGAUGGAUCUGUUGGGCAAGAUGAGGUAACUGACGCAGACGACGAGUCUAGCUCAGGAGGAGCUCCCAGGCGGCAGAGCAAAAGGACUGAAAAAGCCUCUGAACAGGCCCCAGCUGGCUCGCCCCCUUCGGGAGGAGCUGGGGAGAAAGACGAUGACGACGAUGACGAUAAAGACAGAAGGAGAAAGAAGAGUGGAGCUAAAAGCGUAGAUGACGGACACUACGCAGAGAAGGAAGAGGGGAAAGAAGGCGAAGAGAUGGAGGUACAGGAAGAGUUAAGCCCACUUGAACCUGGUGAGUUGCGCAGGCAUUUACUCCAACAGCAUCGUGAAAAUAUGGAACGCCUAAGGCAGCAAGAGGAAAUGAAUGCUGCUCGACCCGCCGCACCCGCAGGUGCCGCACCCGCAGGUGCCGCACCCGCAGGUGCCACACCCCGGGAAGAGCCACGUGAAGAGCCCCGUGAAGAACCCCGCGACUUGAAUCAACCGGAAGUCGUGAAUCCAGAUAUAGCUGUAGCGGCAGCCCCUUCUCCCGUUCCCGAACCUGCCGGUUCACCAUCUGGAAGUAGAUGUGCAUCUUCAGCUGCUGGAUCGGCAACUGCAGGAUCUUCAUCAACCUCCCGAACACAGUCUCCUUUGGCCGAGUCGUGCCGUGAUGUGGACACGCCUUCGUCGCUCAGCGAUGCAGCGCCGUCGGAGGGCAAGAUCAGUCCCUCGCCAAGUGAAGAGGCCGACGAUAAAGCCAUGCCGUUAUAGGCAAAUGUUCUUGAACAGCGUUAAUGUUUUAGCCCCCUUGCAUUCAAUAAACUAUUUUAAUAAAUGAC